GUUUUUAACCUCUAGCAGUUUACGAUACCUCCUUUUAUUUUGACCUCUAUUUAGCUUUUUACGCGAAAUACAUCCCUUUAGCCUGAAUGAUUCACUGCUGACCGCCGGUGGAGUUCAAGAAACAGACUUGCCUGACCGGCCGCGCGCCGAGUGACGUUUACGGCAGCACUGCGAAGGGAUGGUUCUGCGUCCUGAGUGACAUCUACGUUGCCAUUGCGCGCAGAUUCCCUUCUAGUCGGGCGCGGGGAAACCGCCGAACGUGCGCCGCCUGAGCCCACGAACCGUUCAGUCUCUGUGCGCGAAACGCCCUUGCGAGGGCUAAAUCGGGCGGAGGAAGAGCGGAAGAGAGGAAUCUGAGCUCCACUGUCCACACGCAGCAUAUGCAAGACCACCAGAGGUCACCAGUGACGCAGAGGGCUUGAAAAUGGACACCAUUUCUAUGAUGGGCAACAGCCCCCUUAACGCCAAGGAGACCUUCCUGCCCAGCCUGGAGAAGAACGGCCUGAAGGAAGCUUCCGGAAGGCCCUGCGUGGCGGUCAUCGGCUCGGGCGACUUCUCCCGGUGCCUGACGCUCCGCCUCCUGCGCUGCGGGUACCGCGUGGCGGUGGGCAGCCGGCAGCCCAAGCGCGCGGCCGACCGCUUCCCGCACGUGGUGGACGUGACCAGUCAGGAGGACGCCGUGGGGAGGGCGGGCGUGGUCGUCCUGGCCGUGCGCCGGGAGCACUACGCCUCGCUGUGGGGGCUCAGGCGCCUGCUGGCCGGAAAGGUGCUGGUGGACGUCAGCAACAACGGGCGCAUGAACCAGUACCCGGAAUCCAACGCCGAGCACCUGGCAUCGCUCUUCCCGGACUCGCGCGUGGUCAAGGCCUUCAACGUCAUCUCCGCCUGGGCCAUGCAGUCCGCCCCUAUGGACGCCAGCCGACAGGUGUAUGUGUGCGGUAACUCGGUGGAGGCCCGGCAGCAGGUUAUGGAGCUGGCCCGGCAGCUGAACUUCGUCCCGGUGGACAUGGGGACGCUGUGUUCGGCGCGAGAGAUCGAAAACAUGCCCCUGCACCUCUUCACCCCCUGGAAGGGCCCCGUCCUGGUGGCCGUCGGCCUGUCCAUCCUCUUCUUCGUCUACUCCUUCGUCCGCGACAUCGUCCACCCCUACGUGCGGAAUCAGCAGAGCGACUUCUACAAGAUCCCCGUGGAGAUCGUCAACAAGACCCUGCCGGUGGUGUCCAUCACCCUGCUGGCCCUGGUGUACCUGGCCGGCCUGCUGGCGGCCGCCCACCAGCUGCACUACGGGACCAAGUACCGCCGCUUCCCCCGGUGGCUGGAGGACUGGCUGCAGUGCCGCAAGCAGUUCGGCCUCCUCAGCUUCUUCUUCGCUGGCGUCCACGUGCUCUACAGCCUCUGCCUGCCCCUGAGGAGGUCAGAGAGGUACCUGGUCCUCAACACGGCCUUCCAGCAGGUGCGUGCGGAUGUGGAGAGCUCGUGGAAUGAGGAGGAGGUGUGGAGGGUGGAGAUGUACCUGUCCUUCGGCAUCAUGAGCCUGGGGCUGCUGUCCCUGCUGGCCGUGACCUCCAUCCCCUCUGUCAACAGCGCCCUCAACUGGCGGGAGUUCAGCUUCAUUCAGUCCACGCUGGGCUACAUCGCCCUGCUGAUCGGCACCUUCCACACGCUGCUGUUUGGGUGGAAGCGGGCGCUCCAGGCCGAGUCCUACCGCUUCUACCUGCCGCCCAGCUUUGCGGUGGCGCUGGUGCUGCCGGUGACCGUCAUCCUGGGGAAGGUGGUGCUCCUCCUGCCCUGCGUGGGGCAGAGGCUGCGCCGGAUUCGCCGGGGCUGGGAGGAGGGCUGUCAGCGUCUCCGUGACGACGGGCCGGGCUCGGCCGCCGCCCACGUCUCUCCCGAGAGGGUCACCAUCAUGUGAUCCCCGCUGACCAAAUCACGGGACUCGAUAUGACAAACCUUCCUAUGAACACCCACGACACUGCCGCCAGUGGGGGGGGUGGGGGGG